UCCCACUUUGAUGAAAGGUUGAACGGGUUCAACCUGCCUUUAUAUCUCCGAAGAGGAACGCCUUUUUAGUGUCAGAUUAAGCACUCACUAGAAAGAUUCUUCUGUUGUCGUCUACUCUAAUUUCGUAGUCGAGGCGAAUCCUUCAAUGCUAGAUACCGCCCCUUCAGAAAUUGGUAUAUUGGGAUGAUCCUUUCCCACCCUUACUCAUUAGCAUUCCUAAUGCAAAUGAGGAUUAAAAAAUGGAAGUCCAACUGAUCAAAUAAAAGAAACUAGAACUAGCUCAAAAUCUGAUCCUAUGGGCUUUUCUGAUUUGAUGGAAAUGUUGAUGAGAUCAAGGCUGCCGACCGGACACCAACAUGCUAACAGAAGCGUAUGACGGAUGCGUCAUCUGAUCUUCCAUUCUCUACGGGCUCUGGGACUAGGCUCAUCCAAAUAAUCCCUAAUAAUUUGCUCCGAUCUCGCUCCAGAUCCAGAUCACCAACUGCAUCUCCUUGCAGAACUAGUUCCUCGAUCUCGAUCUAAAUCUCCCUAGCAGCUUAAUCAAAAAUGUGAAGGAGCUCCUCUUGUCGGUUAAUCCCAGCUUUAGCCUACCUGAGCUCCAACGGGGCAACUGUUUCCAGAUUUCCUGCAUGUCCAAAAGUCAGCAUCCUUUGUAUCAAAGUGCCGCCGAUUACCAAAACUCUGUUCACCUUAAUGAACAGGAUCCAGUAGCCAGAGUUUCCUAGUGCACGAUAAUCGGUAGGAGCAACAAUUGUGCCGUCAAGUCGAACUGUAAUAGAUCUCAGAUCGAGUGUUAACUUCCCUUCAGUGACUGGAGCCUCAAGACUUUCCCUCGGCAAGCUGGUACCAUCCUCAAGAAUGGUUAUAUCGUCAUCAAAAACCGUCCGUGCAAGGUCAUGAUCUAAACCCCGUUCUCCUUUGUCAUCAAACUUGUUUCUGGAUUUCUGUUUCUUGUUCGAUCAUUCAUGGUUAUUUUCUCUAUCUGUUGAUGAUCGAUUAAGUAUCUACUUACUGGAUUCAUUAGGGAGAGAAAGAAUGGUGUGGGAAAAUUUAUGUAAUUUUCAGAUACAAGAUCUACACUGAAUUAGGCCCAAUAAUGGCAAUGUCAACCUUAGUCAUUAGAGCAGAAAUAACCUGUCACCGCCACCAAGUUCAGUAGAACCAGCCAGUGCUUCUUCUGCAACAAUCCAGAUUUACAAGCAGAGCAGUUGGUUUAUACUGCUCAACCAACUUCUUGCUGAAGAAACGGACUCUGUUCCAACCGCUGGAAGGUGAAAAAAAAAAAAAAAAGAUGAGAGAGAACGAGAGAGAGCGAGUGAGAGAAAGAGCCAGUAUGCGGAUAGGCGGGAUGACCGUCGAAUGGGAGCUGCAGAAAAGAUAAACACGAAACAGAAGGGAACAAUGGAAGGGAAAAAGAUGGGAGAACACGGAUUUUGAUAGGUGGAGGAAGACUGUUUUCACAGCUUUUGUUGAUAAUGUCAGUGUGAGAGUUUUGUGGAAGGACUUGAAAGCUUUCUUCGACCAAUUUGGGGUGGUUGUAGACAUCUACUUACCUAGAGUAUCAAGGAAUAGAAUCGCACGAUAUGCCUUUGUAAGGUAUCGAUACAGAGUGGAGCUAAACAGAGCCAUUGAAAUGGGUCAGAACAGAAGGUUGGAUGGUAGGGCUUUAAGUAUUAAAGAAGCCGAUAAACCAAAGGAAGGCUCGUACAGAGCAAGAGGAAGACAGGCUAGGGACUGGCAAGAGAUGGGGGCAGGGAAUGGAAGGAGAACCUUUAGAGAGGUGGUUACCAAUGGGGCGUUUUACUGUGAUAAUGCAGACUCAAGGAAACCAAAGAUGGAAUACGGAGACAUAAAACCAUUUCAAGAACCCAAGGAACCAGAAGGAAUUAGAGUGCCUAUUGAAGCCGAUGAAGUUGAAUGGGUACAACGCAGCGCCAUAGGUAACUUAAGAGAGACUGUAAGUUGCAUAGUCAUUGAAAGCUAUCUAGCUGGUGAAGGGGUAACCGCAAGGGUGAGGCCGGUUGGAGGAAUGAACGUAUUGGUCAUUUUUGAUGAUAGAGAAGAGAUGGAAACUCUUUUGAAGCAUUAUUUUGAAAUUUUUGAAAAAUGGUUUCAGGAACUUAAGCCAUAUAGCCUUGAGAAUGAUGAGCGGAGGUACAAGGUUUGGGUGAAAGUGGAGGAGUUGCCACCACAUUUAUGGAACAUGAAAAUCUUCAAAGCGUUAGGUGAAAGUUGGGGAAGAUUUAUCACAGUUGAUCAGGCAACGGAGAAGAAGAGCCGGUUGGAUCAAGCAAUUAUAAAGGUUGAGGUGACUAGUAAAAGACGGGUCCCGGCAUGCCCUCAAGUGAUAGUCAAUGGAAAGAAAUGUAUCAUGAGAGCAACAAUCAUAGAAACUGAAACAAUGGAUAUUGAUCAGAAAAUUUUACCGGUGAUCGGAAGGAAUUUGGAGAAAUUGGAGGAAUUGAGACCAUCAAAGAGUUAAGAAAGUCAACAGGCAGACGAAAUGGGGGCUGGAUCAACAGUCCAUGGGAUGGAUAUGAUACAAGUCAGAAAAGGGAGGGUUGAGAUUAAACCUGGGGAAGAUCAACCUGACAUGGUGCUAGAAAGUAGAACUAGCAUGACUAGGCAAGCAGAAGGUUCCAACAGCCAAGGACUCAGGGUGGGACUGAGGGGACCCACAAUUUGGGAUGGAGACAAGGAGAGGAAAAUUUGAAAAUUCAAAGGUUGAAAAGGUUGAAUGGGCUAAAGAAAAACAAGGUGGUGAGAAAGGCUUGGCAAGCCCAAGAAGAAUAGUAGAGCGAAACAAUAGGCUAUUUGAGAGAGAAAAUGAGCCCAAUGCAGGAAGAGGAGGGAUUGAGAAAGAAGAGAAGAUAGAGCUGGGUCAAAGAAAAAAAGGAAUAGAGAUAAAGGAAGGAAACAGUAAUCAAGAUGGACUGGGAAAAGAUAAAGAGAAUGGGUCCAAAAUGGGAAUGGGCAAAAAAGAGCAUAGGGAGUCCAGCUUAUUAGGAGAGGACUUCAAACAAAGUUCACCACAAGGAAGAGAGAUGUUUAAAGAUCCAAAUCAAAAUGGGAUAUGGAGAGGAUGACGUUGCAUAGCAGUGGGGACAACAAAACUUGGUGGCACUCAGGGGAGGGAGAUAGGGGGGUGGAUAGCGUUUCGCAAGUUUCUGAAGAAGUAAAAAGUGUGAAAAAAGAUGGAAAAAAAAUCCCUGAGAGAGGGUUAACAUUGAAAAAGAAACUCAAAGACCCUGGGUUAACAAGUUCAGGAGAUGUUGUGUUAAGAGACCUCAAAAAAGGAGAGAAUGGAAAGAAAAAAAGAAAAACAGGGGUUUUAAUCAAGAAAUCAGCAUCAUCAAGAAAGGUAGAUAAGGCCUCCAGCUUGCAUGAAGAAAUACUCAGAACAAAGAAAAAAAAUCCAGAGUUGAAGGAGAUGGAUCAAGAAGGAAGCAGCCAUUGGGCAGAGUCUUAGUCGAGCCAGAACCAAAAAGAGGAAUCAGAAAACCCAGCAGAGAAAAGCUUGAAAAAGACAAUUGACCUUGUGAAGAUAGGGGAUAGGGAAGAUGGAGAUAGACAGAGGAAAAAGAAGUUGAAAGUAAAGAAAAAAAUAAAAAAAGCAGCACAAGAAGGGAAUGAAGUUAAAAAGAGAGAUGGAGGACAAUGUAGUGUAUCUGGUCUCAAACAGGAUAUUGAACUCAAAAAUGAGGCAAUGUGGAGGGAAGCUCUUGCAACAAUGGAUGUGAGUACUAGUCUUGGGCUUGAAUUCGAAGAAGAAAGAGCAGAGGUGAUCAGGACAUUCAAAGAACUGGUUGCUCAAGAUGGAACACCAGACAAAGGGGGAAGGUAGAGACAGCUAAGAGAUGUCAAGGUGAGUUGGGUUAUCCUAUUUUCAAUGAUUAUAUUAUCUUGGAACAUAAGAGGCAUGGGUAGUGGGGAGAAAAAGAGGGCUAUGCGAAGGUUGAUUAGGAGAAAUAAACCGAACAUGGUUUCUAUCCAAGAAACCAAGAUGCAAAAUUCAUAUGAAGGAAUGUAUGAAAGACUAUGGCCAAGAGAUAAGAUUAAUGGUAAGACAGUUCAAUCAGUUGGAAGGUCGGGUGGAUUGUUAUGUAUGUGGCAGGAUAAUUUUUCUUACUGGAAGAGUGCAUUAUCCAUAGGAAUUAUAUCUUAUUGAUUGGAGAAAUUAAAGCCUCAAGGAUAAAAUGUGGAUUUGGCAAUAUCUACGCUCCUAAUGAUGAAGGGGAGAGAAAUGGCAUUUGGGAAGAAAUCAAACAGAUCAUGGGAGGGGCAGGAACUUUAUGGGUAUUAGGGGGUGACUUUAAUGUUGUAAGAAAUGAAGAAGAGAGAGUGGGCAGUGGGGAGAUUGGGAGAGC